CAUUAUGUACUCCAACUGGAGUUUAUUUUCAUUGUGUUUUGACAUGUUUUGUUAAAUCUAUAAUCUUAAUCACACAUAUUUGAUAUCAUUAGUGGAUGAAUUUGUUAUUUUUAACCGGGUUUUCCAAGGGUAAAAUCCGGUUAUUAAAAUGGUAAAAAUGGGGGACGGGCGGCAACCAAAAGGGUAUCUCUAUUUUUGCAGAUCAAGUGUACAUAUAUCACAGGUUUGUAUAUUGCAAGGAUUUUGAUUUGUGAUUAUUUAUGGAAAAAAAAUACCCGCUGUUAAACGUGCAGAAUAUUGCAUAUUGGGUACCCCUAUUGUACGGAUAAAUCCUCCUACAGUUUUCAAGAUAGGAAGUUGUUCUUUUGCAGAUCAAUUAUACAUAUAUUAUAGGUUUGCAUAUUGCUAAGACUUUGAUUUCUGAUAAUUUAUGAAAAAAAACAGCUUUUGAACUUAGUCAUUUUUGGCAAAAUAUUGCAUAUAAGGUACCCUCAUUGUACGGAUAACUCCUCCUAUAGUUUUCAAGAUAGGUGGUUGAUUUUUUGCAGAUCAAUUGUACAUAUAUUAGAAAUAUGCAUAUUGCUAGGAUUAUGAAUUCUGAUAAUUUAUGAAAAAAUACCAGCUUUUGAACAUAGUCAUUUUUCGGCAAAAUACUGCAUAUAGGGUACUCCAUUUCACUGAAUACGGUAGGUAGUGUUCAUCAAUUUAUCAAUAUCAACUGUUGUACCACUAAGAUACAUUAUCGUAAAAAAAAUAAAGAUAGUUAAUGACGACUUAUUGUGAUGGCAGUGUCUGUUAGUGGAAUUGACGUUCUUUCUGUUAUAUGGGCUAUACAAACCGUGUGCUUGUUUAUGCUGUAUGACAAAUCAAAGACGAUUGUGAUGUUGAUAAUAUUUUGGUGAGUGUGCAGUCAUAACGGAUCAUUACUAAUUGUAACCCUUAAAUAUUUACUGGUUCUCUGUCUGUUUGUCUGUAUCUGUUUAGAUGUGUUUCCUAAAUCCAAACUAAUAUAUGCUUAUAGUUAGUCAAUGUACAUUCUGCACUUCCUUCUUCAUCUUUUGAAAGUGAUUUUAUUGAUUCAUGUCCAUGCAUUUGUGUUACAUGGUGGUGUUGCUGUUGUCAAUGCUGUUGUCAAUGCCUUUUUAAUGAUUCAUGAUGUGUUAUCUUGUGUAAUUGUAUCUUUGUUUUGUUUCUUUUUUUGUUUUUUGUUAGAAUGUGCUUAAGUUUCCCCAGUAAAUAUUGUAAAUAUGAACGUUUAGGAAGUUCCGCCCGUGAAGUCUCCAUAUUAUUCAUUAUAGGGAAAUAAGCAUUUCACGCAAAUGCCUUGCGUGAUGACUCAUUAUAUUACAAUUCAAUUGUGAACAAUGUCGAUUCAAUUGUAAACAAUGUCAGAUUACAACUGCAAAGUGAGAACUUGAAGUCUUCUGCAGCCACUGGAUAUCUGUUUGGUUAAAAUCUUACCAACCGACAAGGAAUGCCAUUCAUCUUGCAAGUUUUGUCGUUCAUCUUGUAGAUUAUUUAGUUUUUGGAAAGCCGACCGGACGUCAAAAUUAUUAGAAUUAACUACUUUCAUCUAGUAAACUUCAAAGAAGAAAUAAUGGCUUCCAGGUGGAACUCAGUCCUGAUAUUAACGUUGCUGAUUAGUAGCUCAUUUCAGGUUGCUCUGGGUUUUGAGAAACCUUGUGAUGUUUCGGAUUCAACAAUAGAAAUUGUCCAAUUCUGUCCAACCAGCGAACAGACGUUUAAAGAUGCUGCAGAGAAGAAGAACUGUGCAGCCAUACCGAACAAGUGUGAAUCGUUUGUGUAUCACUGUGUACGAAACAGACAGAAAAAUGCUUUAAUUGAAGUGUGUGCACCAUGGCUUUACAUUGUAGAUCACGUAUGUGGGACAUAUCACGAAGGAUUUCAUUCUAUACGAAGAACAGAAGAACCAUGCAAUGCUAGAGACAAUUGUCCAUAUAGGUACAAAUCAACUGACCAGUUUAAAUAUCAAAGCUGCUAUCAACUUGCAAGUUCAUCAACUGUUCCCGCAAUAACUACACAUCACAGAUACACCACAAUGGAAACUACAUUGCCAAGGGAUCCCAAAGAGACCAAUAAAGAUGGGAAAGAGGAGAGACAAGAAUGUUCAGAAUUUGUGCCUUUCUCAUAUGCAUUUGGAGCAGCGUUAGGAUCAGCCUUAGGAUUGUCUUGUAUUUGGUGUAUUAUUCGUGUCUUCAGAAAAUUACGUAGCAAAGUCGAUUUAAACAUUGUGGCGGGAUGCUCUUGCAAAAACCAUUUCCUUACCAAGAAGUUGUCACCACAUGAAGAACAGUUGACGGUAGAUGGAGUCAUGAAUGAUGAUGAAAAUCGAGAACAAACACUUGAUCAAUCAACAAAUGUUCGUCUUACACAGACAGCCUUCAAUGUGAAAUACACUGCAGAUAUAGAAGAAAGGGCCAGUUCUUUGGAUGAUUCUCCUAAUGUUACUAUCUAUGACAAUCUACUUGGCCCCUUUCGGAUCUCGAGGUCUCUAACACCAGAACCUAGGAUUCAAGUACCAACGCCAACGCCAGAACCUGAUGUCCUGAACAUCAAUAGUGUCACUGAGCAAGGUACAGAAUUGCCAAAGUGCGAACAUUGCGGAAGAGGAGACGCACUUAAACAACUUUCUAAGAUCCACGAUACUGACAAAAAUGAGAAGCUGAUUGAAGAAUUGCAAAGCAAAAUAAAGAAAUUGGAGGAGGAGAAUUCAAAACUUAAAGAAAGAGAGAAAAUUAUUAAUUAGAAAAGGGGAAACCAAUCUCAGUACGAGAAGAAAUCACGAAAAAACAGAGAGAGAGAGAGAGAGAGAGAGAGAGAGAGAGAGAGAGAGAGAUAUUUAAACUGGCAAGUACAUUUACAUGUUCAAUAAGUUGUACAUAUGAUAAUGCAUUUUUAUGUAACUACUAAGAUAUGGUAAUUUGAAUAUUCUUAAAGGAAUUUACAAAGCAGAUGAUUUAAUUUUUCACAUAUAUGUAUCCAUAAUGCGAUUGUAAAUUCAUUAGUACAGAAAUACAAACCUAUAAAUAAAUUCGCAUUUUAAUUAUAAACAUCUUUUAAAUAAUAGGAUUUCAAAUUAAAGGAAACUUUGCACAGUUACUUGACCAAACUUUGAGCGCGAUAAACCAAUAAACUGUAUGGUCGAUUUUUCCUUUUUCUUCUCUAUUAUUUGACACAUUGUUUACUCAUAAUUUAACCUUUUAUUUGAAAAAAUGUAAAGGAAAUCGUAUGUUUGAAACAUUCUCCCCCGAGACCCCUUAAAUAUGUACAUUAGCUAUAUAUGCACAAUGCAACUUUUAAUUAUAACCGGAAGGAAUAUUAUUUAUCUCAAUUGUUAGGGGGGUUAUAAAAAUUGCCGUCGACUUCUUGAAUAGGAAAACAUUAUACUUGACGACCAAUACCUAUUAAAUUUCUACAACCAAAGUCUUUGUAAAGUUUUUUUUUUAAGUUGAUAAGAAAAAUUAAAAUCAAUGCGUCAUUUCCGAGCAACUCUCACAUAAGAUCUAGACAUGAGCAUUUUAAAGACUAUAUUGACUGUGUAACUGUAACAUUUGAUGGAUUUGUUAGAAAAUAUAAUUUGUAGUAAAAAAAAAUUAAAUUUUGACUGCUUAAAGAGGUUUGCUUCUCUCUUUUUGGGUAAAUAUUUUAUGUCACCUCUUAUCUAUUUUUUUUUUGCAUCAUAUAUUGAUUCUAUUUGCAUAUUUAUAUUUUACAAUGUCAAAUAAACAAUAUUGAACAAUUAUAUAUUUUGUGGGGUGAAGUUUUCUUAACUCAAUAGUUUUAAAGUACUGUUACUUUAGCUUCCUAAUUUUCAGCGCAGACUAAACUUCCAGAUAGUUUAUGUAUUACGAUAUAUUCAUGUUGUUCUGAAAAACAUUUAUGAACAAUAUUUUGAUAUUUCUUUCGAUAUAUUUUGGCAUGUUUAGCUUAUAUUUCAUAGAAGUCUAGAAAAAAUUAACUCCAAUUUUUGCCUAAAAUUAGCUUUUUUCAUGUCAUAUCUCAAUUUGUUUUAGAUGUGACACCUACUGUUUAAAAUAUCAAAUAUUAAUACUAAUACAACGCCGAGAUAUCAAUCGGCAUGUGUAAAAUUGACUCGUGUUUAAAUUAAGAUUAAAAUACUGUAGUUGCCCAUGAUUAUUUCCGUAAUUAAUGCUUAAACUUUUUACAAACUUAAACACAUUUAAGACAAUAUUUGGGUAAACCUUGCCUGGCCAACCAGUCAUGUACGUACAUGUAUAUAUACUGGUGUGGGAAUUAAUAUUUGACCAACAGAAAUAGUGUAGGAAGUAUUGAAUUGUUAAUUGGUCAACAGCUGUACAGCUCAUAGACAUAUACUCACAUCUCAAAAAAUUAAGAUAUGACAUGAAAUAAGCUAAAUUUUUAUACUUGUAUAUUUUAACUUCUUUUUGAUUUUUUUUUAAUUUAUGUUUUUAUUCAUGACUUUCACAGCUUAAUUUCUUACAUACUACAUUUCUUUUGGAAUCUCAACAUUUUUUUACAUACAAUAUACAUGCAAGAAUAGAUAUAUGAUAAUUCACAAUGGUGUGAAAGUUUGUUUUUUAUGUUUUUAGUGGGGGUGAGAAAGGACAGAACACAUUGAGUGAAAUAAUAUGCAUAUAAACACAAACAAAAGAAACAAAAGAAGAAAAGCAAAUAAAAAAAUAUAACACAUUAUAUAUAAAUUAAUAAUAAAAAAUAAAUUGACAGCUCUAAAUUUAAGGAUUUUCCAAAAUGUGAUUAUAAUAUAUACAAACAACAGCAUGAACAUAAUAUUUAGCACGUACAUGUACAUAUUUUUAUUUAUGAGAGAGAAGAAGGCGGAGAGAAAAAAGCUGACGGGGCAAUGGUUGCUUUGCGGCAUAGCUGUUUAUCAGGGUUUGCUUAUCAAAAAGAUUUAUUUAGAUAUUUUAAAAGCAUCAUACAUUCUUUUAACAAAUAGUUGGGGAUAUAGUAAAGACUUGCUAAAUUCUUUCAAUAAUAUUCUCCAAGUAUCUCUCAAAUUUUUCAAAUUCACAGUUCUUUAAAAGUGAAUAUUUUUCCACAGGAAGCCUGUUUUCAAUUUUCCUUUUGAGUUCCAACACAUUUAGGUUGGGUAAGUUUUAAGUCUACAAGUGAAAAUAUACUGUUUUACAAUAUAACUUAACAGGUUUUGUAUUCUAUACAUAUGGUAGUUUUUAUAUUUACCAAAAGGUAUACUUUGCUUAUCAAACAUUAGGGACACCCUAUAGUUUCUUAAAAAUAACUCUUCAAUGUCACUCCAUAGUUAUUUUACAAAUGGGCAUUGUACAAAAAGAUGACUGAUUGUUUCAGAAUCUUGUUCACAAAAAGAUGACUGUUUCAGAAUCUUGUUCACAAAAUGAUGACUGAUUGUUUCAGAAUCUUGUUUACAAAAAGAACAUUUAGGGGAUUCAAUAAGUUUAAGCUUAUGCAAGUAAUAAUUUGUUGGUAAUAUCCUGUGUAAAAUUUGGAAUUGUAACCAAUGGAAUUUAGAUUCUUUGGUUGUCAUAAAGGGAAGUUCAAAUAUUUUAUACCAAUCAUUUAUAUUAAAUAUUGUGUCAUUCUCUUCCCAUUUUAGUAUUGCUUUAUUUUGGACCCUCUUUUCCCUUAUCAAAAUAUUAUACAUAUCUUUACAUCCUUUUCUAUAUUUGUAGAAUAUGGCUAGUGUGUUUGGGAUAUAUGGUCCAACUGUUGGUUUAAUUUCUUUUAUAUUGCAUUCACCUAUUCGUUUUAAUAUACUCUUUUUAGACCAUUAUAUUCAACAAAGUUAGUCUUAAUAUUAAGUUCAAUUAAAGAUUCAAAACUUCUAAAGUCACCAUCUAUAUCAAAAAUGUCAAUGAUGCAAACAAAACCAGCAUUAAAAAAACUUUUCAAAAAUAUACUUUCCUUGUUUGUCUUUACCCUUGGGUUAUACCAUAUGUGUUCAAAAAGUGGAUCGGUGUUUUGGGAGAUUAUCUCGCUUAUUUUUAUGUAACUUAGGAACACCUCUGACCAAAAUUUGUUACCUAUACUUUUACUGUGUUUAAGUACAUAAUCCGAGCCCUUUAUCCAUAAGUUAUUUAUUUUUAUUUUCAUUUGAGCUUCUAAUAAAUUAACCCACUUGGAUUUUGAUGUGAGGAGUCUACGAAUCCAACUUGAUUUCAAAGCAUGUGUAAAAUCUGAGUAAUCAAUCAUUUUCAAACCCCCCAGUCUAUGAUCUUGAAUGACAAUUUUUUUUUAUUUUGUGGACUUUGCCAGGCCAUAGGAAAUAAUAUAGUUCUUUAUCAAUUUCUUUUAACAUUUCAUUGUUAGGGUUUGGUAAGGUAAGAAUAAGGUGGUUAAGUUUUCGGAUAAUUAGAUUUCUCAAAACCACUAGUCGUCCAAAAGGUGUUAGUUUUCUGCGUUUCCAUUGUUUCAAAGUACUUUGAAUUUUUUGAAAUAUUGGGUUGUAAUAUAAAUCAAUCAUUUCAGUAAGAUUUAUGGACAAUUUAAUUCCUAACAAGUCAAAAGUGUUAUUUCCCCAUUCUAACUUCCAUCUUGAAUGAUGAAAAACCUCUUUUGAAAUUUUUUUGCUCCCAAUCCAAACAAGUUUUGUUUUAGAAAAAAUUAUUUUUAGUCCUGAUAAGUCAGCAAAAAAAUCUAGUUCUCUUAGAAUUCCAUCUAAUGAUUCUGGGGAUCCAUCUGAAAACAGAGUAGUAUCAUCUGCAUACUGUGAAAGUUUAUAUCCUUCUCCUUCUAUAAGUAUACCUUUAAUAUCUUUGUUAUUUCUUAUAAGAAUCCCUAAAACUUCUGCACAUAAAAGAAAAAAGAUGUGGUGAAAUUGGGUCACCUUGUCUACAGCCCCUUUGAGGGUAAAAAUAAUCUGACGCUAUCCCAUUUUGAAUAACAGAUGACUUGAUUCCACUAUGGAAAGUUUUUACCCAAUCUUUUAUUGAAUCACCAAAAUUAAAUAGAUCAAGGGUCUGGUAAAUAAAAUUCCAAGAUAUGGAAUCAAAUGCUUUUUCAAAAUCUAUUAACAUUAAUAAUCCUGGUAUUUGGUUUGGUUCAGUAUAGUUCAUUAAAUCAUACACUAGUCUAAUAUUUUCUCCUAUGAAACUCCCCUUUAAAAAUCCUGUUUGGUCACUACUGAUUAGUUUGUCUAAGACUUUUUUUAAUCGUUCCGCUAUACAUCCAGAGGCUAAUUUUUAGACAACAUUUAAUAGACUUAUUGAGCCAAAUUUUUAAAUAUUGCUUAUGUUUUCCUUCUUUGGGAAUACAGGUAAUAAUUCCUAAUUUAUAAGUUUCUGAAAAGUGUAACAAUUCAUAUGAGUUAUUUAUUGCCCGUGUUAUAAAGGAACCCAAGUCUUUCCAAAAUUUUUUUAUAAAACUCGCUAGAGAAACCAUCCGGUCCAGGACUUUUAUUAUUCUUCAUUUUUUUAAAGAGAGUUUAAUACUUCUGUUUUGAUUAAUGGGCCUUCAAUGUAUUGCAAUUCCUUAGUAUCUAAUUUUGGAAAGUCAAACUGAUUGAUUUUUUCUUUAACAAAAUUUUCUCCAGCUUCCUGUGUUUUUUACUAAACAGCUUCUCAUAGAAGUUUUUUGUUUCAUUUAAAAUUUCAUAUUGAUCAUAUAUUAUUAUUUCGUCUUCUUGCACUUGUUUUGGUAUUUGCCUAUUGAUAAAGUUUUUAGAUUCUAAAGAAGUAAAUUACUUUGAAGGCUUUUCACCUUCCUCUUUCCAUUUGCUUCUUGACCGUAAACACUGUCCUUUAAGCCUUUCUUUUCUAAUAUUCUCAAGUUCAUUUUGUUUACUGGUAAUUAAAAGAGAUGACUUUGAAUUUUGAUUGACAAUAUUAAACUGAAAACUUUUAUUUAGCGGAUAUCUGGGUGAUCCCAGACACAGUUAUUAGUCAGUUCAAUUUACAUGUACAAAUAUUUAAGACAAAAAUUGACUAGCCAGAUAGAAAAAAUUUUCUGUACAGAUGUCAUAUGUUAUUCUUCUUAAGACAAUUUUACAUAUAAUUUUUCUCAAAAUUUUAUUUUAUUGACCAACGAAACAAAAAACUUUCACGAAGAAGGGGAUUAAAAAAAUAUUUCCGGACGCAGAGCAAGUAAUUUCGGACGGUUUUAGAAAUGUAUAAUAUAGAAAACGGAGCAAAUUACAUGAGCAGUUCCAAAAACGCCGUGCUUAUCAUGUAAAGUUGGUUUUCAGUGCUCAAAUUAAUUUAAUGUAACACAUGAAUAUUUACUUCUAGAGGGAGACACAUUACGAGAAUGCAUGGACACACCAGGAGAGAGAGAGAGAGAGAGAGAGAGAGAGAGAGAGAGAGAGAGAGAGAGAGAGAGAGAGAGAGAGAGAGAGUUAAAACAUAUUAACAUGAAUUGGUUCGGGCUGGGGUGAUGGGGCUGAUUAGAGGCGAUCAUUCUAAUAUGUUAAUCAAAGUAACAGAAAUUGUAAAAUAUACAUGGAUGAUUGAAAAGAUAAAUUAAUUGGUAUCCUCUACCUUGGGAUUUAAAAUUGAGCCUUUCCUUUAUUUCUUAUAUAUUUAUGCUAAUUUAACUGAAAUUGGGAAUCCAGGUGGACACAGGUGAAUUCUACCUGUGCCCCUUUGGAGGACCCCAUAAUUGCAUAAAAUAAUUAGGUGUUUGUUUUGGCGAGUAGCCGUUCGGGGAAUAAACCGUUACAAUAUUACAUGUACAUGUAUGUUUAUUCACUGCUUUUGACAAUGUAUGGAGAGUAGGUCUAUUGCAGAAGUUUAUACAAAAUGGUAUUUCUGGAAAAUGCUUUGAUGUGAUAGUUAAGAUGUAUUCUGAAUGUAAGUAGAGAAUUGCUGUAAAUAAUAAUUUUUCUGAAUAUUUUCCAUGUAGAAUUGGAGUGAGUCAAGGGGAACAUUUAUCACCAUUUUUGUUUGUUUUACUUCUUAAUGAUGUAGAAUCUUUUUUGAUAACAACUAACAAUAUUGGUGUUUCUACAAUAUCAUAUGAAAUUGAACAUGAGCUUGGGAUAUUGUUAAGAUUGUUGAUUAUUUUGUAUGCUGACGAUACAGUUUUACUCUCAGAAACACCUGAAGAUCUUCAAAACCAACUUAAUAGUUUCCAACUUUAUUGUCAAAAAUGGAAACUUGAAGUUAAUUUUGAAAAAUCAAAAAAUAGUUAUCUUUACAAAGGGACGAAUGAAAAAUAAUGUUUUUAUUACAAUGGUGAAGAAGUUGGGAUUGUAAAAAACUUAAAAUAUCUUGGAGUUAUAUUUUCAUCAUCAGGUUCCUUUAUUCAGACAAAAAAAUAGGCAACUGAAAGAGCUACUAAAGCUAUGUAUGGGAUUCUAAAAAGGGGUAAUCAACUGCAUCUUUCUUUAGAUGAUCAGUUGCAUUUGUUUGAUAAGAUCGUAGUUCCUAUACUGUUAUAUGGCUGUGAGGUAUGGGGAUAUAGUAAUGUUGAUAUAAUAGAAAGAAUACAUGUUUAAUUUUGUAAACUACUUUUUUAUCUUAAGUCUUCUACUCCAAAGUACAUGAUGUAUGGAGAAUUAGGGAGAGUACCAUUAUUUGUACAUAUCUAAACAAGAAUUAUUGCAUAUUGGUUAACAAUUAUUCAUGGAAAACAGUCAAAAUAUUGUUACAUAAUGUAUAGUUUACUUUAUGCUAAGUAUGUAAAUGGUAAAGAAUCCAAAUGGCUCAAAACCUUGAGAUCAAUUUUAGAUGACAGUGGGUAUAGUAAUAUUUGGAUGAACAACCAAGUAGUUAUUCGUGAUUGGCUAAUCAAAAGCUUAAAACAAAAGCUAACAGAUCAGUUUCAACAAAACUUGAAAUCAAUCUGCAAUAAUUCUUCAAUGUUAUAUGUAAGUUGUUUACAAAUUUAGACUUUAGAUGCCAACCGUAUGUUAAUUGUAAUUUAAGUAAUUAUAUGAAACAAGUUUUAGCUAGAUUUCGAACUUCAACCCAUAAAUUACCUAUUGAAACUGGUAGAUGGAAUGACAUAGAAAGAAGUAACAGGUUAUGUAAUUUAUGUAACAGAGAUAUUGGAGAUGAAUUUCACUAUAUUUUGUUUUGCACUGUGUUGAAAAACAAAAGAGAAAAGUAUAUACCAAAAUUUUAUUUCUUUAGACCAAAUAUUGUUAACUUUGACGAGCUCUUUUCCUCAAACAAUGUGAACUUAUUAAGCAAGUUAUAUAAAUUUAUAAGCAUUGUUAACGAAAAGGCUAAACCUCCUGGUUAUUAAUCUACAUUAAAAAUUGUACUUUAA